GCCCCACACGCCACACCAGUGCCACUAGUCUCCUCUUCGUCACUGAGUCUCUCUUCUCCUCUCAGUCUCUCUUCUCCUCUCAGUCUCUCGCCGCUCCCUCCUUCACGCCCUCGACGCGCCGGCGACGCCUCGUUCCCUCACUCGUGCUCUAUCUGCUGCGGCCGCUGCCGUUCCCUGCUUCCUUCCUCACUCCCUCCCUCACUCCAUCGACGCCUCGUUUCCUCGGUCCCUCUCGGCCUGCUGCUGCCGCAGCCACUCCUGCUCCGUGUCCCUCCCUCACGGUCUCGACGCCUCGUUCCCUCACUCCCUCUCGGCCUGUUGCUGCCGCAGCCGCUCCCUGCUUCCAGUCCCUCCCUCACGGCCUCGACGCCUCUUUCCUUCACUCCCUCUCGACCUGCCGCUGCCGCAGACAGAGGAACUGUGCAAAAAUAUAGCUGUUGAAGCUGAAGAUGCAGGCCUGUAUUGGAGCAGUGGUGACAGGCUCUCUGCAACAGCACAUAUUGAUCAAGGCAUCACCUCUCCCUUAUAAAGGGUUCAAUAUAAAUGGAUUCCCUGAUCAAUUUAAGCUCAGUACAGUUAAACCCCUUCAGUCUUCCUCCACUGGAGGAAGUUUAGUCAUUGCCAAAGCAGCCUCUUCAGUCUCUUUCCAUGUGGCUGAGCUGGAAGGCAAUGGAUACACCUUCAUCGAUGAUGCCCUCAAUGAAGCUGAUCCCGAAGUGCAUGCCAUAAUUGACAAGGAAAAGAAUAGGCAAUUUAAAAGCCUUGAGCUUAUUGCCUCUGAGAACUUCACAUCUCGGGCAGUGAUGGAGGCAGUUGGGUCAUGCCUUACAAACAAGUACUCCGAAGGAUUGCCUGGAAAAAGGUACUAUGGUGGAAAUGAGUAUAUUGAUGAGCUUGAGAUCUUAUGCCAGGAGAGGGCAUUGGCAGCAUUUCAUUUGGACUCGAAAAAGUGGGGUGUGAAUGUUCAACCAUUAUCUGGUUCUCCUGCCAAUUUCGAGGUCUACACUGCAUUGUUAAAUCCCCAUGACCGUAUAAUGGGUUUGGACUUACCUCAUGGGGGACACUUGUCUCAUGGGUUCAUGACCCCUAAGCGGCGGGUUUCUGGGACCUCUAUAUAUUUUGAGUCCAUGCCUUACCGACUCAAUGAAUCAACUGGCCUCGUCGAUUAUGAGAUGCUUGAGAAAACAGCAAUUCUCUUCAGACCAAAACUCAUUAUUGCUGGUGCUAGUGCAUAUCCUCGUGAUUUUGACUAUCCCCGCAUGAGGAAGAUUGCUGAUGCUGUCGGGGCAUUUCUCAUGAUGGAUAUGGCUCACAUAAGUGGGCUCGUUGCUGCUUCCGUGGUUGCUGAUCCCUUUGAGUUCUGUGAUAUCGUUACAACUACGACACACAAGUCAUUGAGGGGGCCAAGAGGUGGCAUGAUCUUUUUCAGGAAGGAUCUAGUUCUUGGAGUUGAUCUUGAAUCCGCUAUCAACAAUGCUGUCUUUCCAGGCUUACAGGGUGGUCCGCAUAAUCACACAAUAGGGGGGCUUGCAGUCUGUUUAAAGUUUGUGCAGUCACCACAGUUUAAGGCCUAUCAGAACAAGGUUGUCUCUAAUACCAGAGCUCUGGCAGACCGAUUAAUGGAGCUAGGGUACACGCUGGUCUCAGGAGGGAGUGAUAAUCACCUUGUCCUUGUAGAUCUGAGGCCAAUUGGUCUAGAUGGUGCUCGGGUGGAGAAGAUCCUCGACAUGGCGUCUAUCACCCUCAACAAGAAUUCCGUUCCUGGUGAUAAGAGUGCUCUGGUGCCGGGUGGCAUUCGAAUCGGAUCGCCCGCAAUGACGACCCGUGAAUUCUCUGAGAAAGAGUUCAAGGCAACAGCUGACUUCAUUCACGAGGGCAUACAGAUCACUCUUGAAGCCAAGAAGUCUGCUCAGGGAUCGAAGCUCCAGGACUUCAUGAAGCAUAUCACUUCUCCUGACUUCCCUCUGAAGGAAAACCUGUCGGACCUUCGUCGAAGAGUCGAAGCUCUCACAACCCAAUUCCCAUUACCCGGAUUAUAGAUAAAUCCCAUGGGAGCAGAAGCAGAAAUGAGAUGACUGGGAUAAGUAGAUGAAUAGAUCGAAAGUGUAGAAAUUUUGGUCAUUUCGGGGAGGAGGAUGUCAUGUCAUACAAGAACAUUACAGAUAGAAUAAUCAUGUCUUCUUGUCUCGAGACAGGAACAAACUUUAUGGUUUUGAUGAUAAUUCACAUAGUUAAUAAAACGAGUAGAGGAGUUUCAUAUUCA